AUAUUAUGAGAGAGUUAUUGACAACACUUUGUGAGUCUUGGGAUCAAAUCAAACCAAUUGUUACUAUCAUUGCAUUAAUUGGAGACAAACCAUGAGUUCAACGAAUCAAAUGAAUCGCAAUGUCUUAGCGAAGAGACACAAAUGGGCCAUCAGUUUCACGCAGAAGCUGAAGAGUGAGAGGAGUGGAGACCUGCCGUCACCGCCGGGCUAUAGCUGUCAGUCAUCGCAACUUCACGGAGAGGCCAGUCGUGAGACCGACCACAACCUCAUUGUGAAGAAGUCGUGGGACAUCGCGUUGGGGCCCAUGAAGCAGAUCCCCAUGAAUUUGUUCAUUAUGUAUAUGUCCGGGAACUCCAUCUCAAUCUUCCCCAUAAUGAUGGUCGGGAUGCUGUUCCUCAGACCCAUCAAAGCACUCAUUCAAAUCAAUACAACAUUCAAACUGAUUGAAGGCAACCAAUCGAUUCUCCAGAAACUGAUUUAUUUGGUCGGAAACCUCCUGUGCGUGGCGUUAGCCCUCUAUAAGUGUCAGUCAAUGGGUUUAUUGCCGUCUCAUGCCAGCGAUUGGCUCGACUUCAUUGAACCGCCGCAGAGGAUGGAGUACUCCGGCGGAGGCAUCGCUUUCUAACCCCUAUUUGUGUCAUCACUUCUUCAGUAUUUCAUUUUCCAAUUGAUUUCUUCUAAACAAUUCUCGUAUAGAUUUCUCUCGCCUUUCAUUGCAUACCAAUUGAUUGACAUUUAAUUGCAUUAUAUCUCACGUAUCGGACACUUAUUGUACAAAUGUUUUCAAUCUGAUUGUCAAUGGAGUAAAACUAUAACUAAAUUAUUUUAUUUUAUACUUAUUCACCACUGAAGGGCUAAUGAAUGACAAAUAAUUUUAAUCAAGUACUGUAUACUCUUGAAAGUGGACACUACCGGUAAAUGUAGGAUAUUUAUAGUGACAUGUUUAGUCUGGUACAAAUACUUAUGAAUACAAUUGUUAAUACAUUUGUUGCAAUUAAAUGCGAGUGGAUUAUAAAUAGUUAUUUACAGAUAUUUUCCUAUAUAUUGAAUACGAUUUAUAAAUGAUUUUAAAAUAGUUUCAAAAUUAGAUUUUAAUUUAGUUUAAAGAUUAUUAAUUUAUAUGAAUUUAUGUACAAAAUAUAAACGAGUAAUAAAGUGAUUGUGAAAUGAUCUGAAAGGAAACGGC